AAAAGACAGCCGUGCGCCGCCGAAAAGACCCCAAAGGGCCAAGAUGGCUGCGCCCGUGGCAGACGCCGGGGAGUUUGAAAGCUGGCUAAAUGAUCGGCUAGACUCGUUAGAAGUGGACCGUGAGGUGUAUGGGGCCUACAUUUUAGGGGUCCUGCAAGAAGAGGAGAGCGACGAGGAGAAAGAAGAAGUGCUUCAAGGAAUUUUAUCCGCAUUUCUGGAUGAGGAUGCCGUGGAAGAUGUCUGCAAACAGAUCAUCAAGCAGUGGACUGAGUGGCACAACAGAUCCGCAGCCAAAAGUGAUGAUGAUGCUGAAGUCCAGGCCAUCGCCAGUCUGAUAGAAAAACAAGCUCAGAUUGUGGUGAAACACAAGGUAGUGUCUGAGGCGUCAAAGGAAAGGAAAGAAGCCCUCCUCGCUCAAUACGCUAAUGUUACAGACGAUGAGGAUGAAGCUGAAGAAGAGGAGCAAACAAGUGGAAACUGCUUUACUGGAAAUGAUAAAUCCCUGUUUAAGAACACCAACGUGGAAGAGGUGCUGAGCAGACAAAAGCAAAAGCGGGACCAGGCUCGUGAAGACUCUCAGAAGAAGAAGGAGGGGGACAAGAUGCAGCGGGAGAAGGACAAGCUAGCCAAACAAGACCGAAAAGAGAAGGAGAAGAAGCGUACACAGAAAGGUGAACGCAAAAGAUAAAACCAAGAGAAAAGACACUUUGUAUGUGGAAAUGUUUUGUUAUGAGACCGAAAUGAAAAACAGUCAUUGCCUCGUUUUUAGCUGAACCUUAUUGGCACAUUCAGUAUGUGAACACGUCUUCAUCAGACCCUCCAGGUUAAUUACUUUCUUUUCAUAUGUGUAAAAAACAAUGUAUUAGAUAUUGCGCAAAUCUUUAUGAUUGACAGCAAUCGUAUGUCGACGCAAAAAUAAUUUGCUUAUUUGACUCUACCGAUAUGUUGUUGCAACGAGUGUGAAAGCUUAACCUUUGACACAGUUACCCCUCAAAUGAUCAAAGUAUACACUUAAAACACAAAUUGCAUUGAGUAUGGUAAAAGCAGAGGAAUGCUUGUAAAGCAACUCAGUCCAGAGUUUCUGCUAUUAUCCUCUGUGCCAAUAUGCCUUUCAUUUCUUUACAUCUUUUAAGUAAGGCAAGUGUCAAACUGUUUUGUGUUCAUUUUUUUGUGCUUAAGGUUUAACUGUCUAUGCAUUUUGUCUGAGAAUAAACCCAAAAGAGCAGUUGCAAAUUAUACCUCAAAUAUAUCAUGUAUCAUCACUUGAAUGUUAAUAAUGAGGUUCAUCAUCUUUUGAAAUUAAU